UAAUGGCAGAAAAAGAAAAAUUUGCCAUCGCCUCCCCAUUUCGCGGAGCCACCGAGAGAGCAGGAGCGAAGUCAAACGUUUGACUUUUCUCCUCGGUAAGUCCGAGCUCGCCGUCGCACGCCCGCCACCCGCUCAUCAUCUUCUUCCUCUUCGCAAUGCCUCGUCUCCCGCCGCCGCCCCUCCUCCGCCUCCUCCUCCUCGGCGUCGCGCUGCUGCUCGCCGCCGCGCGGGUCGGCUCGCACGAGGAGCCGGGCGAGUGGAGGUGCGAGUCCGACUCGGCGGAGAUCCGGCUGCAGGCGGAGUUCAGGCCCGGGGCCGUCGCCGUCGACGGCCGCCCCGGCGACUGGGACGCCUUCGACGGGUCCGAGUUCGCGCUCCUCCCCGCGCUCGACCCCGACGCCGACAAGGAGUACAGUGGCGGGAAGAUGACCGUUAAGGCUCUUCACGACGGCAGCGACGUAUUCUUCUUGUUGCAAGUGGAUAGCGACUAUGUGUACUCUCCUGGCAACAGUAACAAAUGCCCCUCGGUUGCUCUCAUGUUCCAAAUUGGUCAAAGUGCUACCUAUCACGAUAUGGGCGGGUGUAAGGAAGGAACAGAUACUUGCACCAGCAAGACAUGUAAAGGCCAUGAAGUUGACAUAAUGCACUUUUCAAUUGGAAAUGCCAUACCGGGAAGACUCUAUGGUGGAAAUCCUAUUGAUAAUGCCGAAGGAAACGGUGGUGACAGGUUUGGCCAUUUGGUUGAUCUUUAUGCUUGGACCCCACACUGCAGAUAUCUCGAUGGAACUGGCCCUUCAGGAAAUGAUUCCAGUGCGCAGAACAACUGGAGAGGUGCAUGGUGGCACAGCAGCUUGUCUGUUGAGUCUGGUUUUGUCCAAGAGGACAGUCCAUAUGGAUCAGAUGGUCGAAAGGGCACAUAUUACUUUGAAUUUUCAAGGCCUUUGAGAACGAUGGAUCGCCUUCAGCAGGAUGUUCAGUUCACUAUUGGUGAAUCGAGCAAAAUAUCAGCGGCAUUCUGGUAUCCUGUCGAUGGGACUCCAUGGCACGGAUCGGGGCACUUCGCGAUUAAUUGUGACUGGGUGUCCUUGGAUAUUGCUUCAGCCAGAUCGACGCUUACCAAGUCAACAUCGACAAGUUCCUGGGAUGUGGCAAGCGUGUUCUCCUUCCUAUUGUCUGUGAUCGCUUUGUGCCUGUCGAUUUUCGCCAUCUACCGCAUUUUGAGACCUAAAAGUUUCCAGUUUUCUCCCAUGGAAGUAUCUAUGGAAUAAUCAUCUUGUUUUAGUGUUGGCAAUAUCGUUUGACAGUCGAGGUCAUUAAUCCUUCCACAGAAUUGAUCAGCUUCGCUACCACACAAAUUUUUCGUGUUGACAUUUGAUCUUCAGUUAGUAUAAUUCAAUGUUCACAAUACACAAUGAACAUCAUGUAUCUGGUCAUCUUGUUGAUAUGAAAGUAUAUUAUAGUUUGGCUUGGUUGA